AUGGCGCCCUCUAUCUCGUCCUCCACCGGCGCCCAAGUCAACAACACCAUCGAUACGAAGCUACCCUCAACUAUCGCAGAAAAGCUACCCCACGUCCCCGAAUCCACGCAAGAGCUCAAAGAGAUCGCAAAAGAAGCCGAGACGAAAUCCCUCGCGGGUCUGCGAAGUCUGGCAGCUGGCGGUUUCGGUGGUGUAUGUGCGGUUAUCGUGGGACACCCCUUCGAUUUGGUGAAGGUACGGCUGCAGACUGCAGAACGGGGUGUAUACAGCAGCGCAUUGGAUGUCGUGCGCAAGAGUGUAGCUAGAGAUGGCUUGAGAAGGGGACUGUAUGCGGGUGUGAGUGCGCCGCUGGUGGGAGUUACGCCCAUGUUCGCGGUAUCCUUCUGGGGAUACGACGUCGGCAAGUCGCUCGUUCGAAAGUUCAGCACAGUGACCGAUAACCAAUUCUCUGUCGGCCAAGUAGCCGCCGCCGGCUUCUUCUCCGCCAUCCCCAUGACCCUCAUCACCGCUCCUUUCGAGCGCGUAAAAGUGCUCCUCCAGAUUCAAGGCCAGAAAACACUCGCCCCAGGCGAGAAGCCCAAAUACUCUGGCGGCGUCGACGUUGUGCGCCAGCUCUACAAAGAAGGCGGGGUGCGCUCCGUCUUCCGCGGCUCCUUCGCGACACUCGCCCGUGACGGCCCUGGCUCAGCUGCUUACUUUGCUACGUACGAGAUUAUCAAGCGGAAAAUGACGCCGUUAGAUCCCGUCACGGGUAAGCAGGGCAGUCUAAGUCUUUGGGCGGUUACGUGUGCGGGUGCUGCGGCGGGAGUGGCGAUGUGGAUCCCCGUGUUCCCUGUGGAUACGGUGAAGAGUAGGUUGCAGACUAUGGAGGGGAAACCGACUCUCGGGGGCGUCAUUUCUGGACUGUAUAAGAACGGUGGAUUUAAGGCUUUCUUCCCUGGCUUUGGGCCGGCGCUUGCGAGAGCAGUGCCGGCGAAUGCGGCGACGUUCCUGGGGGUUGAGCUGGCGCAUCAGUUUAUGGACAAGACUUUUGGUUGA